UCUUCCCCACCCGCCCAGCGCGGAGUCGGCCCCGGCUCGGCAGCCGUUCUCCAAGCGCCGGCUGCCUCUUGCCGCGGCGCGGGCGAGGAUGGCUCGCAAGCCCGGGGGCUUUCUGCAGGAGGCCUCUCACCAAGUCGUCGCCGGAGGCUCGGCGGGUCUUGUAGAAAUUUGCCUGAUGCAUCCCCUUGAUGUAGUGAAAACAAGGUUCCAAAUUCAAAGAGGGAAAACUGAUCCGACCGGUUACAAGAGCCUGGGGGACUCUUUUAGGACUAUUUUCCAACGAGAAGGAUUGCUUGGCUUCUACAAAGGAAUAUAUCCUCCCAUCUUGGCUGAGACACCCAAAAGGGCGGUGAAGUUUUUCACCUUCGAACAAUACAAGAAGCUACUAGGAUAUGCAUCGUUACCACCAGGACUGGCAUUUGCAGUUGCUGGCUUGGGAUCUGGAUUGACAGAAGCAGUUGUGGUUAACCCUUUUGAAGUAGUAAAGGUUACCUUACAGACAAAUCGGAAUGCCUUCACAGAGCAACCGUCUAGCUUUGUUCAAGCUCGGCAGAUCAUUAAAACCGAUGGUCUGGGCUUCCAAGGACUCAACAAAGGUCUUACUGCAACACUGGGCCGUCACGGAGUUUUUAACAUGGUUUACUUUGGAUUCUACUUCAACGUGAAAAACAUUCUUCCAGUCAAUAAAGAUCCAAAUUUGGAGUUUUUGAGGAAAUUUGGAAUUGGGCUAGUCUCAGGAACAAUAGCCUCAAUUAUUAACAUUCCUUUUGAUGUUGCAAAAAGUAGGAUUCAAGGACCACAGCCAGUUCCUGGAGAGAUCAAGUACAGAACCUGUUUUAAAACUAUGGCAACAGUCUAUAAAGAGGAAGGAUUUCUGGCUCUGUACAAAGGCUUGGUUCCCAAGAUCAUGAGGCUUGGUCCAGAGCUACAAAGCUUCACCGCUCAAAACCAUGAUGAUGUGGAUGCCACUAGGUGCCUUCAGCCAAGCAGGCAGCACUGGGAUGGGUUUACAAGAAUAUAAACGCCAGCAGAUUUGAUGCCACAGGUGGAUGCCACCUCAGUUUUAUAGUCUAACUCCAAAUGACUUGGAUGGAACGAAUCCUUCCUGUCCUUGGAUCAGCAAGCUCAGCGCGUUGCCUUGAUCCUCCAGCACGAAGCGUUUCCCCGAGAGCAAAUGAAACAAAUCUGCAGCGAUAUCACAACCGUCUUACUGAGAGCAGCAGCUCCCCAGCAAAGUGGAGUGCUGGCAGUAGCUUUAGCUGCAGGGACGCUACCAUAGCUCCUCAGACAGACACCCUCUCGCUGCUCAUUUUUCAAAAGGAAAAUCUUAAAACAAUUUCUGGACAUGCUGUGUCUUUUCUGAAUGUCCUGAAAACACAGUCACAAUGUAGCUACUGGAGAAGUCAUUUUUUCCACAGCAAGGGAAAAGCACAGCAGGGAGCUGAGCUGAAUAUCUAGUCCUUCAAUCGGAAGAGCAAAUUACCUUAAAAACCCAGAGGAUAUCUCAUGUUCUUAGUGACGUGCACAUAAUCAUUAGAAAAGGUUAUGGCAACAAGACUAGGAGCAAUCAAACACAAACUGCAAACAUAAAGGAAGCAAACAUGGUAAAUCUUCCUUUUUAAUUCGAGGUUAAAUAUGAUUUAUAAGUCAAACCAACAUAUGGGAUCCCAAGGGAAGAGUAAACAAAUUUUCCAAGUAAAACAUCAGCAGCAGGCCUGUAAUGGAAAUCUCAUUUAGGAAAAUGGCAUUACCUAAAGAUGUAAGUAAUGUACCUGUGUUUCUUUUAAGGUUUUAAAAUAAAUAACCUUAAAUAAUAUUUUGGUAGAAACUGUAAUUAACUAAAUUAGAGCUAAAUUCUGAAGCAGCUAUUCAGUGCUACAGCAUCAACGGGAAAAAUGACAUGAUCCUACAAACACUCAUUCGGAUCAGUGUCCCACUAAAAUUAACACACCUACACAGGUAAGUCAGAGUUACCUAAAGAAGAAUGAUUACAAAAGUGAGCACUGAGUAAAUUUCUCCAGUUUAUGAUAACACUUUUUAUUAAAAAUCUUUUUAAGAAAAAUGUAAUAAAAUUGCUAAGCUGUAUGUGAACAACAUAGAGUUGACCCUGCAAAUCAGGGUUUGCUGUCUUUUUAUAAUAUUGGAAAAAUUUCUUGCAAAAAUCUUUUCAUAUUAGACUAUAUACCCAUAUUCUUAGGUGAAUGAACUUACUUUACUGAA